UUUUUUGACGACCAUUUUUCCUCUCGAACUUGACGCCACCGCUGUCUCUUCUUUCUUUUCUGCCAUCUCCUCCUACGAUUCACUCUUUGGAAUCAUCCUCCUCUGUCUGGCCGCCAGCUCUCAGCCACUGCCACCAGAUCGCCACCGGGUCCGACCUUGGAAUACCCGCCUCCCCCUCCCGAUCUGCCGCCGCCGCCGCCUCCGUGCUCGGAUCUGUCGGCGGGGCCCCGUCCGCCUCUCGAUGAGCUGAGCUGCCGACGUGGCCGAUCUCCCAUACUGGUCGAGGUGAAUGCGGGGAUAGUGUGGGAACGGCGAGCUAGCAGCUAGGGUUCUUAUUUGGGUUCGGGAUGGCGGCCGCCACCGCGGCGUCGGACCAGAAUUGGGUCGAGUCGUACACCGGCAUGUCCUCGGAUAACAUCAAGGGUCUGGUCCUCGCUUUGUCAUCCAGCUUCUUCAUCGGCGCCAGUUUUAUCGUCAAGAAGAAGGGGCUCAAGAAGGCUGGCGCUUCCGGAGUUAGAGCAGGCGUAGGUGGGUAUUCUUACUUGUAUGAGCCACUUUGGUGGGUAGGCAUGAUAGCAAUGGUCGUAGGGGAAGUUGCUAAUUUUGCAGCAUAUGCAUUUGCUCCAGCCAUUUUGGUGACUCCUCUAGGUGCUCUGAGCAUAAUCAUCAGUGCUGUACUUGCACAUAUCAUUUUACGGGAAAGAUUGCAUAUAUUUGGCAUUCUUGGCUGUGCUCUUUGUGUUGUGGGAUCAACAACAAUUGUGCUCCAUGCUCCCCAAGAGCGGGAAAUUGAAUCAGUUGCAGAAGUAUGGAAUCUGGCAACUGAGCCAGCUUUUUUGUUCUAUGCAAUAACUGUGCUUGUAGCAGCCCUGAUACUUGUAUUCCAUUUUGUCCCUCAAUAUGGGCAAACACAUAUAAUGGUGUACAUUGGUGUUUGCUCCCUUGUGGGAUCUCUCUCGGUUAUGGGUGUAAAAGCUCUUGGAAUUGCUCUAAAGUUAACAUUUUCUGGAAUGAAUCAAUUGAUUUAUCCCCAAACUUGGCUAUUUGCAAUCAUAGUAGUUUCUUGUGUCAUUACCCAGAUUAGCUAUCUGAACAAGGCUCUUGAUACAUUUAACACAGCAGUUGUAUCUCCCAUAUACUAUGUGAUGUUUACAUCAUUAACCAUUUUGGCCAGUGUGAUUAUGUUCAAGGACUGGGACCGACAACAUCCCACACAGAUUGCCACUGAGAUGUGUGGCUUCGUCACAAUUCUUUCUGGGACAUUUCUUCUCCACAGAACCAAGGACAUGGCAGAUGGUUAUCCUGGACGGUUACCAAAACAUGCUGACGAAGAUGGCUAUCCCCCUGAAGGCACUCCUCUCAGGUCUACAGACUCGUUUCGGUUACCAUGAGAUCUUGUAGUCCCCCUCUUCCACUCUAAACAAAAAGUUCCCUUGCUCCAUAAUCAAUUAUUACCAAGAGAAUGCUGCAUUCUUUCAAUACAGAGCACUGUAGAGUUUUUAGGCUAUUAAAAUAUAGGCUCAGUUUGAACACCGCAUAGAAUUCGUAAAUACAUUUGCGGAAUCACAUCUUGUUAUAUAUGUAAUUUAAAUUUCGAUUUCAAGAGAAUUAGUUGUGGGAUGCUGAAAUAUUGGAGUUUCAGUAGGAUAAUUUGGUUCAUUGCUGGUCCAAUUCAUUACAUAUUACCACUAUUGCUAUGUACAUUGUUAAAUCAGUUUUGUGCAUGUUUUCGGUAAAAAAUUCUUCUCAUCU